CAGGCGUUGGUCGAGAAGUCAAUAUGGAAUUUUUUGCCCCGAUGAAACCAGGAAAUUCACCUUCCGCUUAUUUAUAAUUUAUCUCCAUUUCACCACACCAUCUCUGGUUUUCAGUCUCCUAUUUCAGGGAUUUAAAAGGCCAAUUGCUUCGUAUUUCACCCGCCUAAAAACUCUUGCGGUGUCAAAAUGCCCGCCAGCGGGAAGGAUCGAAUGACAAACGAGUGUUUUGGUUUAACGAGCUUUGGUUUGUUGAACAUGUAAAAGUCGUCUCUUUUACCUUCCAAGUCGAGAGAAAGUGAUUGUUUGAGAUGUCGUCCACUGGUUACAAGCCUUUAAAUGAUACGGAUACUGACGAGGAAUUGAAAACCAUCCAAGGUAAGUUAAAAUAACGUGAAAUAAUUUUUUGUUGUGAACGUUCAGUUUGAAUCCCGCAUUGGCGUUUUAUGAGAACGACUGUGAAAGAUCACAAGCUCAGGUCACGCUGCUCGGCUGCCCAGUACCAUAAGUUUUAUUUGAAUUGUAUCACCCAGGAUUUCACCCUCAUAUAAAACAUAACACUUAUGAUGAUCGACGAAGACUUAAGGAAGUACCUUGCGAUUUAUUUUUGUAUGCGACCUGGAGGUAAUUACACGUAAAAUCGCGUCGUUUAAAAUAAUUCUCCCCUCAACUGAGACGCUUUUGUACGUUUUUAAAUUCAUGAUUAAACUUGUUGUCGCCUAGGAAGCAAAAUGUUGAUGUUAUUUUGGUCUUGCAUCAAAAAAAGUAAUAAUAAUAAUGUCGUUUCUAUAUUUUUAAGGCUAAGCUGAAAAUCGAUGUUGACUUGAAUACGCUUAUCAAUAUUGGCUUGAUUCGAUUCUCUUUGCUUGAUUUUCGUGUUUUAAAUUCAUAUGAAGUCAGAAAAAAAUUCGUCCCAGCAGCGUGACUGUGAAAACCAGUUAUUGUAAUAAAGCUGGCCACCAAACCAGCAUUUUAUGAUAAAAGCACCAGUGUGACUUUAUUUUCCUUUAUUUAUUUUCCUUUACUCUUUAACCGAUAUAUUGCACGCUAUAAAAAUGAUGAAGUGUUCUAAAAUAAACCCGUUGUCCUCAGUGAUCAAUACUUUGCCGUUUUACGCUCUUCUUAUAUCAUUCAUAUGUAAAUUCAGUGCAUGAUUUAUGGAAAGACACUCUUUCUACAAGUCUUUUUUCCAUGUGCAUCGCAUUAUAAACCUUAGCUUUGAUUUGUGGUUUAGUGCAUCUGGAAGUCUUCACCUCUGGCCAAUCUGUUGAGCUUGAAUGCGACUGUUUCAAUCUGUUGUUUUGAAAAUAAAACGUGAUCAUAAGAAGGCAGAAAGAGAAAGAGAGAGUUAUCUUGAUUUUGUUGAUAAAAUGUGUCAUGAUUCAAGAAGAAAAAGCUUCGCAGUAGUGAAAUAAUGGCGUCUGUACUGCUGAUCAAAGAGUCAACAAAAUACUGUAUUGGAUUUUUCUUCUGGUCAAAUAUUUUUGGAACAUCUGAAUAAUAACUUGUUUCAGUAGAUUUAAUUAAUCUCCUUUUGCUUUAAGCUAUAUUUUUAUGACACAUUAUCGGCAAUAAUGAUGGUGAAAUUUGGGUUUUGAUGAAAAUAACCGCGGCUAGAGUAGAGGUCUGUGUGGGUGUAUUAUAAAUAAGCUAAUUGGAUACAACAGCUGUUUUUUGCUAUAAAGGGAAAUAAAGGUUUGCAUGACAUACAUCUGUACUGGAAAUGGUUAACAGAAAAAUAGUUACCCGGUAUUGUCAAUGAAAUUAGGAUUAUAUAUUUUGCUUUCUUUUUUUCAUUCAUUUUAAUCUUAUUAUCAUACAGUACAUGUUGUACCAGAAAAUACAAGAAAGUAAAAAUUUAUAGAGGGUUUUUAGUAAGGUUGAUAAAUAAUAUUAUUUAUGUCUUAAGUAGUGACUAGAUUGUUAAAAAUCCUCUUUCAGAGUAGCAGUAUUGUGUUAUUGGGGUACAGCUGUUUAUGGGACAUUGUUUCUUUAACAACAACAACAAACUUUGUUUCAUUUCUUACAUAGUUUACCCAGAAGUUAUUUGUAUAAUGAAUGUACAACCCAUCAAAGGCAUAUCAACCCAUUUGAGGAAAGCCUAAUGUUAUUAAAUUUAUUAUUCCAGGUUGAUGUACAUAUAAAGGUUGUGUUACAUCUGACGAUUUGCAACUACGAUUUUUAGUGCAACACAGCGUUGCAUUGUUGUGACAGUGUUGUAACAGUUACUAUUCGAAACAAUGUCGCAACAAAUGUUGCAACGCUGUGUUGUGCUCAAAAUCGAAUCGUCUCGUGUAAUGUCACCUUAAGUGUUAUUUAGUGUGUCUUUUUCUUCAGUUGACUCAGUAACAGGGUAAAUCACCAUAUACUGUAUUUAUUCGAAUAAGCGCCCAACCUCGAAUUAGCGCCCACCUCGAAUAAGCGCCCAUCCUAAAGGCAGAAAAAGAUAAUAAGCGCCCAGCCUCGAAUAAGCGCCCACCCCCUCCUCCCCCCAAUCAAACUCAAAUAAGCACUCACCCCCACCCCACCCAAUUAAGUGAAAAAGUUCCAAUAAGAGACUUCCUUGAGGACGGAGUUUUCUUCAGAGUAUUUUACAGAAACCUUGCUUUGUUACUUCUUCGCGUUUUGUUAGUAGCAUUUAUGAUUUUGUUGCAAAAUAAACAUACUUCACUUGCUGAAAAUGGUGAAAAUUUAAUAAGCGCCCAGCCUCGAAUAAGCGCCCACCUCGAAUAAGCGCCCACAAUCAAGGUCCAAAAAUUUAAUAAGCGUCCAGGGCGGUUAAUCGAAUAAAUACGGUAUUUAAGAAAGUGCAGACAAACUUCAUCAUUUGAACUGAUCUUUUCCACUUCGCUAUUUUCUAGAAAAUGAAGACAAAGAGAAAGAAGAAAAAAGGCCUGAGUCCAGGAUCGAUAAGAUAAAGGUACAGUUUGGUGUACAGUCAACUCCCUCUAAGACGGACACCUUUGGGACUGGCAGUAAGUGUCCGUCUUAGAGAGAUGUCCGUCUUAUAGAGAGUCAAAUAAAGGGAGCAAAGAAAGGCAGGGACCAACUCUACACUCUGUAGGUGUCCGUUUUAGGGAGGUGUCCGUCUUAUAGAGGUGUCCGUUAAAAGAGAGUCGACUGUAUGCCAAGAAAAAUGAAGUCUAUGAAAGUGACAAAUUACAAAAUAUACUUCUGUCCACGUAUUAUGAUGUACAUAACAUCACCUAACAUCACCUUUGUUUAAAACUCGGAUUAACAGAGUAGCUGUAAAAGCUAAUAAUACUGAUAAAGAGAAAAGAGUAGUAAUAACAAUCCUAAAAGAAAGGAAAUACGUACAAAAAAAAGAAAAGAAAAAUAGAAGUCAAAUACAGAACUAUGAGAAAAGGAAAUAAUUCCUUUUUCUCAUUUCUUGUAUUAUUAUAUUUGCUGAAACAAAAUAAUACACUAACAUGUAAAAGUAAUUUAUUUGUUUAUUUUCAUAGUAGAAAUUUUAAGUAACUGAAAUUCCUCUGUGGUUUCAGAAUGUAUUUCAUAACACUGGCUAUCCCAGUGCUGUCUGGUACAUUUUGGGAAAUGAGUUCUGUGAGAGAUUCUCUUACUAUGGAAUGCAUGGUAAGUUUUAGUGAUAACAAUAGUGAGCUUAAGCAACAACGACAGCUAGGGCUACAGCUACGAAAAUGUCAUUUAUUUUAAAAGGUGUAUUUCACGCUUCAAACUUUAUCGGGCUUAUUCCAUCUUGUUCAGUUCAUCAAAUGUUGCCAAUUUUUUCUGGAGUAAUUUGUUGUGAAAGACUGUAUCAUAGUUCAAGAAAAGAAAAACAAAGUCGUUGUCUUGUGUUCUCAUUCUCCACAAAAUGUGAAAUUAGGCAUUUUCAAGUUGUAGUCAUGUACUGACGGCAAAGAAAUGUACAAAAAAGCGUGAUGCACGUUCAAAGUUGUUGUUUUGCCAACAACUUUUUGCGAACGUAUUGUUUUUAUUGCCAUUGUCUUUGACGUCACCGUGGUCAUUUCAUUAGUGCACUUUUCAAAAACAGGCAAAUUCUGAAGUUCAAAAGCCAACUGACGAUUGUGUUUUUCGUUGCCCUCAAUCGUCUUAAUGGACCUCUUAGAAACAAAACUUUACUUUAACGAGUUCAAAAGAUCAGGUUUGUGAUUUGUGAUUGGUGAAUUUCAAUCCUUUUUGUGUGUUUCUCUGUUUCAAGGUUCUUUGCUUGUGAUCGUAAUUAUGAUUGACAGCAGUGAAAAACGCAAUUGUUGAGAUAUCUUUUGAACUUAAGAGUUUGCAUGUUUGUGAAAAGCGCAGUAGUGAAUGGUGGAGGUCAAAGCUCAAACCUUUGUACAUGUCAUUCCAUGGAUCACAGUAGGGGUGCCCUUGUAGCUCUGGCGAGACCUCACAGGAUUGACUAGGGAAACAAUGAACAAGUGCAUGUAAAAUUAACAAUGGAACUUAACCCGAAAACAAAAGAGCUGCGACCCAAAGGGCUCCAAUUAAAUGAAAGGUUCUGAAGAGGUGCAAGGCUACUGCACAGUAGUGGUGUAGGGUACAUGUACCUUGUGUUUUGUAGAACUGUUUCAAGUAGUACAAGAAAUAAUGAAAUGAUCACCAAAGGGAAAAUGCUUUUGCUUUAAAUCAAAUUCUCUCAACUAAUAUUAUUCUUUAACCCUUUAAGAGGCUGUCCGCGUAAGAACCGAUAAGGCAAAUUUCGGUCUAUCACGGAUUGCCCUGAUGUUUUCAGUUGAAGAUAACUAUCCUAUCCCAUGAAGAAAUAUCACAUUUAUUUGGACCAACUCAAUUUUUUCUCUAUAUUACAAGAAGAUUUUCUCGGUCACCUAAAACUGGCCAGUUUGCCGCCGGAAGUGGUGCGAUUUUGGUGAAACUUUAGGGCUCUGUCAAACCUGCCUCACAAAGCCGAAUAAGCUGAUUAUUUUACACCUAAAAGUUUUAGCUCUGAUUAAUAGUUUCAAGGUUCAAUGGUUGCAUUCUGUGGAAAGUUGGCUGAGAUAUGAUUUUUUAAAAUGACCUUUAAUUUGCUUAUCGGGAAAAGUAAUUUGCAUAACUAGAGCUGAACGGUAAUUUCGAAAAAGUGGCACCUGACCCAGACUCAAGUCUAUGAUAAAACAGAAGUACUAAGACCAGUCUACUUCUUAAUGCAAUAAAAUUUGUGGGCACUCCUCUUUGCGUGCUGUACAAAGUUCCGUUAAUGUUCCAACAUUCGCCAUUUUGACAGCAAAGCUGGAAUUGUAACGGUCUGCAUCUGGUCGACUAAUUUCCACAGCUUUAACGUUUCUAGUUAUCACUAACUGUCAUUAGACCCUUUAAAUGUUGGACUUUCGAAAACAUGUGAAGAAAACUUGGUAAUCGCUUUUUUUUGUUUUUUUUUCAUUGUCGACGAGGAACAUGACUUCAUUCUCCGUAUGCAAAUUAGCCUUAGCUGUGUCGUUUCCACAAAUUGACAGGAAAUAUAAUACUUGUAUUUCAUAUUUUUAAGGGAAAAAUAUCUCUUCUUUCCACAGAAAAACACGAACGAUGUAUGACUUAGAAUCCCCUUAGGUCUGUUUCUUUUACGAGGAAGAAGCAGCAGAAGAAGAUAUGUUUCUGCGAAUUAAAAUAAUUUAAUUACUGUGAAACAAAUCACGCAUUCCCCAGAGUGACCGUGUAUCGAUCAGUUCUUUUAUCUUAUUAUAUUUUUGGGGGUGAUAGUUAUUGAUAAUCUAGCCCGUGAACAGGCCUUUAGUCUUCACAGGCUAUUGAUAAUCAUACAAUUUAAUCACUGUUAAUUCGAUUCUUUACUGAGUGGGAAAUACCGUGCUGUUGUAUUUAUUCAUUCCCGGGAGGGUACUCGCUUAUAAGAGGCUAAUGGGGAUGUGCCGCUGGAUGGGGUCGCAUUUUCACGACUAGAUUGACUAUAAUGGGGUCUCGUUUUUUAAUAGAAUUUACUAGAAUGGGGUCGCCACGUUUUUCUGAUUUUUGGGGUUAGACAGUUCUUCAUAUUAGCAGUUAGCAAACGUACCAGAAUGUUUGUACUGUUGGUGUUUUCCAUUCAAUAUAAGGUAGAUACUUAAAUAGAAAGUGACUAAGUUGAGAUCGCAAAAAUUACAUUUUUGCCCCAAAGUGACUGAGAUGGGGUCUAUAAUUGGCCACAGAAUAGUCUAUGAUGGGCUAGGGGCUCUAAGAGGCCAGCGGCACAUACCCAGCAAAAAUUGACCCAAGUAGCCCCCCCGGGAUUCAUUCUACGACCGUUUUAACUGAGUCAGUAUCACCGGGCGCCACUAGGAUAGGGUUUGAUAUGACGGCCUAUGGUGUAAUACACGACAAUAAGCCAAAAGUAGUCACUUGGAAAAAAGAAAAAGGCAUAGUUUUUUUUGUUUACGGUCCGUCUCCUGUUAAAUCCACAAAGUUUUUGCCGGCUGUUAAUCACACUAAAUUAAGGAUCCCUAUGUUGUCUAUGUUUACUACUGAGCUGAUGGAGAAAAACACGUGCACUCAGUGUAUGAAAGACGAAAGUUUGUAAAUUAGGUCUCCUUUUCUUUCCCUGGAUUUGAACGGUAUUUCAAAGUGACACAACUUAUUUUUUUUAAGCAUUACCCAGGCUGUAGCUAGGUUUUUUGUAACGAGGGGCAUUAUCGCGAGAGCCGAAGGCACGAGCCUUGUAGCGGGGCCUGGGGGUGUCCUCCCCCUGAAAAAUUUUCAAAUUUGCAGGCUCAGAAAUGCUAUUUUCAGCACUUGUCAUGAGAUAUGUCUCCGAAAAAUAGACCUCGAAGAUGAAAAUGGCAAACAUUUGCAAAUCACUAUAAUCAAAAUAACUGAGUCUAAAGAAAACAAAUCCAUCCACAGACUUGAUUUGUCUGGCUCAACAGGUCCAGAGGAGGCAGCUGCUCUACGGCUCUAUUACCACGUUGAACUCACUUGGUUGAUCUUUCUUUGACAUACACAUAGGUUGAAAGCUUCUGAUUGAGGGUGUUGUGGUCUCAAUUAUUCUUCAGCGAUUCCUGCAACAAGCUUUUGCCUUUCGAACACUUCGUCUUCUUGCAGCAGAUCUCUAUGGUCAAGUUCAAUAUAUAUUCAAGUUCAUUACAUUGGUUAUUUCGUCCAUUGCCUUAUUGUAAUUACACUUAGGACUAUGUUUAGGUGUUGACUCAAACGGGCCUAGAGUCCAACAUGGGCUGGCAAUAGGUGAGUGCUAGCACGGAAUUGGAGCAGGGGUGGGGAAACUCCCUAUGAUGGCCUAUACGGGGAGGCUCCGCCCGAAAAGGGGUAUCUUUUUCAGGUUUCAGGUAUAUGAAAGGGUAGGCUUUCACUAGGUGAAGUAUAUGAAAAGGCGAGUGCGCUUAUUGCAGCCUUAGCAGCAUCUUUGGCGGUUCUUAAAAAAAAAGAACUAAGAAAAAGAGAGAAAUCUUGUCCAAUAAACCUCUCCGGCAAAGGUGUGGACAUGGUUGCUGACUGAUCAAUCGUACUCUUCUCGACCCUUUGGCGUCAAGUUUUUUCACGUUUCUUGCCACAGGAGGAGCAAAUCGGCUAUAUAAAGUUGAACUGAACAUUCUGGUACUUUUAAGUCUCACUAAUUUUUACAAAACCAGAGACAUGUUUUAACACUGUUUAAGUUAAAAAAAAUUGUUUUUAUUGCAAGAAUGAAAUACUUUUCACACACGUCCCAGGGACAUUCUUCUUAGAAAAUGGCAGGGGCGGGAAAGCCCUAGGGACGAGGUUGAAUCCUGGCUCCGUGUAGAAAGUUCUUUCUUUUUUCCCCAUCUAUGAUGCUCUUCAAACAAUCAUCAGAAAACUAUCUUUACAACACACGGAUUAACCUUUAUGUAUAGUAUUUUAUAGAUAAGAAUUGAUUAGAGCAAGAUACACAGCUGUCAAAAAGUAGAAAUAAAUGAACUAUCUUUGCAAGCUCAACUGAACUGGAAACGAACAUCAGAAAACAUCGCAAGAUAAAAUGUUAAAUGGAGAAAUAAGAAUAUCUCUGUACGUUUAGAAAUUUUUUGCAUGAAAAAGAAAAAAAAUGAUACUUACAUGAUGAAGCAAAACUUUGACUUAUUUCCUGCCACAGUAGUUACUUUGCCAGUAUGAUCCAGAGUGUGACGGGGUAUUGACAAGACCUUAGGCUCGAUUUCCGCCGCUCCCAAUCCCUUUGGGGCUCAUUUUCCAACACAGCGACUUACAAUCGAGCCUAAUAAGACCUUGGCGCUCGCAAAAACCUGCCAAGUAGGUGUCUGUGCUUUGGGCAGAUUGUCAUUUUAGUGUUAGCCUGUGUACACACCAGCCCCACCCCCUCGGAGAAGGGGCCCCUUCUCCGAUUUUUCUUAAGGGGGGGGGGCUGUACACAGGCUAUUUAUGGUCUGUGCCUUGGGCAGAUUGUCAUUUCAGUUCGAAUACCUACCAAACCUCUACCCUCGCUAAAAUGAGUUCAUUCAGUCAUUGACUUUGCUACACUCAGACAAGUGACAGCUGGCUAAGUGCGACGUAAUAUCAUUCAUGCACUCUGCGACCAACACAUUUCCCUCCACACCCCUACUGGGACCACACUCUGUCUUGACGAUCUCGCGAAAAAAGAACAGCUUUUUUUUCACAAUUGAUCUCUUGGCGAUUUCAAUGACAUAAUUAUAUUUGAAACUGGCACCUGUUGCAUUAUAAUUCAAUUAGAUUGAAACCAAAAAACAAGAUCAUCUUGGGAAUACGGAUGUUAUACCCUAACAAAACCUAAAAACUGAGAUAAUCCCUUUUUCGUGUAUUUACUGUAAAAGAAACUAUUUUUUCCGUUUCAUUCUGCUACCGAUAAACGCUUUAAAGAUCUUUGAAUGAAACUGAAAUUUACAGCUAAUUUGCCUUUUGCAAAGCUAUACAUGGAUUAAGAUAGAAAAAGUGUGGGGCAUUUUUUUUUUUAUCAUAGUGCCGUGUACAAAGAUCUGAUAAGCAAAAAAGAGUGCCCACAAAUUUUAUUGUGUUGACAAGAGGACUUACCUUGCAAGUUAACUCUUAUUUUUAAUUAUUAUCAAUAACUACCAUUUAAAAAAAGAUGAUAAUGUAAUAAAAUUGAUCGAUUCAAAGCUAUUGUUUUCUAAUCGACCGCCCCUCUCUAGGAAUGCGUGACAGGCCACAGUAAUUGAAUUAUUUUAAGCCACGCAAACAUAUAUCAUGAUAUAUUAUUCAGCUGCUUCUUCCUCGUUAAACAAAAAAAAAACCCGACCUUAAAGGGAUUCUAAGUGAUGGUUCGUGUUUUUCUGUGGAAACGAGAGUUAUUUUUCUCCUUAGAAAAGUGAAAUGUAAGGAUUGUUUCAUGUCAAGUUGUUGAAACGACGCAUCUAAGGCUAAUUUGCAUACGGAGAAUGAAGUCACGUUCAUCGUCGACAAGAAAAAAAAACAAGAAAAAGCGAUUACCAAGUUUUCUUCACAUGUUUUCGAAAGUCCAACAUUUAAAGGGUCUAAUGACAGUUAGUGAUAACUAGAAACGUUAAAGCUGUGGAAAUUAGUCGACCAGAUGCAGACCGUUACAAUUCCAGCUUUGCUGUCAAAAUGGCGAAUGUUGGAACAUUAACGGAACUUUGUACAGCACGCAAAGAGGAGUGCCCACAAAUUUUAUUGCAUUAAGAAGUAAACUGGUCUUAGUGCUUCUGUUUUAUCAUAGACUUGAGUCUGGGUCAGUUGCCACUUUUGCGAAAUUACCGUUCAGCUCUAGUUAUGCAAAUUACUUUUCCCGAUAAGCAAAUUAAAGGUCAUUUUAAAAAAAUCAUAUCUCAGCCAACUUUCCACAGAAUGCAACCAUUAAACCUUGAAACUAUUAAUCAGAGUUAAAACAUUAAUGUGUAAAAUAAUCAGCUUAUUCGGCUAUCUAAGGUAGGUUUGCAAGAGCCCUAUAGCUUCCUUAAAAUCGCACCACUUCCGACGGCAAACUGGCCAGUUUUAGGUGACCAAAAAAAUCUUUCUGUAAAAUAGAGAAAAAAUUGAGUUGGUCCAAAUAAAUGUGAUAUUUCUUCAUGGGAUAGGAUAGUUAUCUUCCACUGAAAAAAUCAGGACAAUCCGUGAUAGACCAAAAUUUGCCUUAUCGGUUCUUACGCGGACAGCCUCUUAAGUGCCAAUAGUGACCAAAAACAAUUUUCUCCUAAUAAUAUCCAUACAUUGUCAAGAGAUAAAGUUAUGAGAAUUAAUAAAAUAAUCACCAUAGAGAAAAUUCCAUGAUCUUUUAUCAAAUUCUCUCAACUAAUUCUUAAAGGAAAUGUAUGGAGAUCAGUUUGGAGAAUUUGUAUGUGGAUAUUAGGGCUUAAAGGGUUGAGGAUCUUAUAAAUGUACUGUGUAUAAAGAGCAGUCAGUAUAUGGAUAUUAUGGCGUAAACAUUUAAGUUUGUUUUUUUUUCUGUCCACAGCCAUUCUUGUCAUCUACCUAACACAGAUGCUGAAGAUGGAUGAUGAUUCUGCAACAGCGAUUUAUCAUGCUUUCAACAUGUUGUGUUAUUUUAGUCCUCUCUUUGGGGCCAUGUUAGCUGACAGUUUGCUAGGCAAAUACAAGUAAGCUCCAGAUGUGGAAUUAUUAUGCAGUUUGAUCUUCAGGGGUUGCGCAGUAAUGAGAGCAUUUGCCUUCCCAGCCACCAGUAUAGCACGGUGUCAAUGUAUGUGGGUUGAAUUUUUUUGUUGGUUCUCUCCUUUGCUCUGAGAGGUUUUUUGUCUGGGUACUUCAGUCUUUCCCUCUGCACAAAAACCGACACUUCCAAAUUCCAAUUGGAUCUAGAAGGCAUAGACACAUCAACACAAGGUGUACAGAACUCUAAAGUGCUUUGUGGUUAAACAUAAUUUUUUUAUUACAGAUUAUUACAAUGACAAAGCUAAAUAUUCAAUAAAACUCAUUUGGAAUUUGUCUUUCUUCCCCAGAACGAUACUUUAUGUUUCAAUAGUUUACAUAAUAGGAAACAUUACAGUGGCUAUAACAUCAAUUCCAGCAGUCUUAGAUCAAGUAAAACUGUAAGUUUAUUUUUAUUAUUACAUUUGUAAACUGAAGAUUAGUGGUUUAAAAAUUGCAGCAACCAUUAUGUCCUUACAGGCUGAACUAGUGUUCUUGUCAAUAGAUGUUACCUGUAAUUGCAAUGACAUUCAAGCACACAGCCACUUCGGGGAGACUUUCUCUCCUCCCCUUUUCUGGUUCGGGGUAGAGAUGAAUUUUGUGGUUGCAAUUAACACCAUUCUAUUGACAAUAUUCACUUCAGUAGUUUUGAGAAAGAUGCUUGAAACGUAUCGAAACUAUCACCUUUUUUAACGAACAGAUUUUGGUUGAAGGAUUUAUAAUCUAUUAAAGUUUGACUACAUACUCUUUCUUGCUACAUGUAGCCUGAUAAAUUUCCUCAAGAAAUUUAUUUAAUAUUACUUUGCAUAUACAUGUAAUUUGAUUUCUUUCCACAGUGCUGGUCCCAUGAUAGGAUUGUUAUUAAUUGCUCUUGGCACUGGAGGAAUCAAACCUUGUGUCUCAGCUUUUGGUGGGGAUCAAUUCACUGCUAGCCAAGUAAGUACUUAACAUUGACAUGAUUUUGAAUAAAUUAUUUAAUUGAAUUAAGAUGUAAUUCCUCUUUUAAUUUAUAGUUCAGAAGAUCAUUAAUUUUGUUUUGUUGUAUAGCUGUUCAGCGGGGAGCCUUCCUAUUUUGACAGAAGUUAUUAGCUUGCGGAAAAUGCAUGCAUGCACAUGUGUUAUCUAGCUAUUCUUUUCUCACAUUCAUUACCUUGUUAAAUUACAUGUAGCUGUAGGUAACAGAAACGAUUUAUACCGUCCUGUAGGUAACAAAUCUUUGUAUUUUUCAGUGAUGUGUCACUCUGUAAAAUGUUAAUAUUGUUCUUGUACUAAUCAUUCUUCCUCCAAUUAUCUCAUCAAUCUUGUCUAUUUGAUUACAGGGUGGUAAUUUAUUGAUGCAUCAGGGUUGUCAUUAAGAGCCGGGGGCCGGGGAUUUUCCCUGGCUACUAAAAGAGUGGCCCCGGCUACUUUUAUUGGAAAAUAGAAGAAAAAUAGAACCAAAAAAAAUCCCAAGCCGUUUGAUUCCCCGCCUACUUGUUGUGUUUACCCGGCAACUUGAAAUCUUAGUGACAACCCUGAUGCAUGAACAUACAUGUACCUAUGAUAUGGCUUAAUGUUGUCCAGCACUUUCUCUUUUCAGGAACAUUUGCUUCAAAGUUACUUCUCCAUUUUCUAUUUCGCUAUCAAUCUUGGCAGCCUUUUAUCUAUGAUUGUCACACCCAUUUUAAGAGGUAUAUCAGUUGAUAUUUUGUGCAUGACUUUGUUACAUUUUAUUUUUUUUUUCCUUUUGUUUUCAUUCAUCAUUUCAGGAGCAUUUACUUCAGAGAUUCUUCUCUAUUUUUUAUUUUGCCAUCAAUCUUGGCAGCCUUUUGUCUACAAUUAUAACACCAAUAUUACGAGGUUAGCAUGAUCACACAAUGCACAUGGAGCACAAUGCACUGAUUUUUAGUUAAUGAUUUUAACAUGUUUGCAUAUGUUUCAUAUAUUUUAUAUUCCCAUCAAAGAAAUGCCAUUUGGAGCCCCAAACCCAAAAGAACAGCAAAUCCCACUGAGAUUCAAAAUCUUUGUGCAUCUUUGUGCAUCCAUUCAUGAAAAGAGGGAAAUCUGUCCCUGGAUAUCUACAGGAUGCCCAAAGUUGUACUACAUUCACAGGCAACCCAGUUUUGUGUCCAUUGAAAAUAAAUGUCAUUUCAGUUACCAGCCUAAUCACUAGUGUAACCACACUAUGGUAUAUAACAUGAAUGUACAAGGAUGAGCUAAAUUCAUUUACAAUCUUAUUUACCAUCAUUAUUACUUUAAUUUACAGUUAACAUUUCAGAAGAAACUCUUCUUGAUACAAAGUACAGAGUAUUUAAUGGUUUUGUAAUUAUUUAUAAUAUUUUAGGUGAUGUAUCUUGUUUUGGUCAUGAUUGUUACAUGUUGGCUUUCGGAGUUCCAGCUGUCUUAAUGAUACUGUCAUUAGGUAAGUAUAAGUUUUACACCUUUUAUUCGCAUUUUGCCAUUCUAACGUAUCUGCCUCGUCCUUUGAAAAAAGAAAAAGAAAAAACUAUGAUGACAUCAAAGUAUAUACCUGUGACUGUAUUAAUCUUGGUUGCUGUGAGUUAAACACAAAAUUAAAUUAAAAUUAAAAUAAUUCAAUUAAACACAAAAAUAAUUACCACUCUUGAAAGGUAAUGCAUUUAAUUCUUAAUGUAAUUAUGUUUAUCAUUUGUACAUAGUAAGUUUGUAAAUUUAGUGCAGAUACCAAUAAAAUGUGCAUUUUCAGUUUUUUUUCUCUCAGUUGAAACCCCAGUGUUAAUCAACUUCAUCCAUGGUUUUUCCUGUGCUUUAAUGGCCAGAAAAUGUUCCCUCAUCUUAUCAGCUGAAUGACAAAGACUUGCAAGAAUAUUAAUUUUUGACUGAUAAAGGUUUUAAAAUUUUGCUGUGUUGGAGGGCACGAUAAGAUGGCCUCUGAAUGAAUGAAAUAGCACUUUCUGUAUGCAAAAUAUUUUAGGUGUUUAAAAGAUUAUUUCCAUUGAAAUUGUUGAAAAGUCAAGUUUUAACAGGGAGAAAGAGCCCUCAAUAUAUCAAGGGCACAUGACAUUGAUAACUACUGUAAGCUUUAAUCCUUUCGCUUUUCUUUUCUUUCUUAAAGCUUUAUUUCUCUGUGGCCGUAACAAGUACAAAAAAGUUCCCCCAGAGGGAAAUAUUGUUCUCCUUGUUGGAUGUGCUGUUGGGGUAUGUUGAGCAAUAGUGGAUUUCUCUUUAACAGAGACCACCAUAAUAAUUUUCUCCUAACAUUACAAGUACCGUACUAAUCAAAAUAUUGGGUUAUCAGAAUUAAAAAUAAUUGCUUACCUGACUGUGAGGGAAAAAUGCUUUGGUCAAGUCAAACAAAAUAGGAAAUGUAGGGAUGGGGGUAUAAUUGGUUAGUUGUCUGUUUUUGUCAACCACAGUGAUGUUGACUACAGAUGUAUGUCUAAUUGUGUAGCUUUUGUUACCAAAAUUUCAUAAUAUUUUAUGUUGGUACAAUUUUUUUUCCAAGUUUGCUGUGUCUUAGGUUCUUUUGUUGUUUGGUUUAGAAUGCCAUCAAAAAGAAAAUAAAAAGCAUUGGAUCUGGUGAGAAAAAAGAACACUGGAUGGACUUUGCUAAGGAGGACUAUGGAGUAAGUAAUCAUUUUUUAAUGCAACCACUCUUUUGGUUAUGCUCCUACAAUGUAAGGUGUGUGCUGAACGUUUUUCAAAGUUUCACAGUCCUUUACGGUACAGUGACUGUGGAGAUUGCUUUUUUUAUAAACUGGGUGGAAUGAAAGCUACAGUUUUAAGUAAUGUUUGUGUUACUAAUUUUAUUGUGUUCUUAUGACGUUACAGUCCCGCAUGGUUGAAGAUGUCAAGGCACUUUUUAAAGUUCUUUUUAUGUUUCUUCCUCUGCCUGUUUUCUGGACAUUGUUUGAUCAACAAGUGAGAGUUUUUCUUAACGUUUUCUGUUUGUUAAUAGUUGUACAGUUGAAUUUCUCCACCAUGGCUACCUUCAGUAUAGAGCAAACAGAAGUGGACAUUGUUUUGUACAUGUAGAUAAAAUCUGUUGUCAAGUUGAGCAGUCUUCAACCAAGUUUCCUAGCCCUAAGUUAAAGGAAAGUUUGUAACAGCUUUUUUAGGUUACAAAAGUGAAUACAUGUUUUUUUUCUCUGGAACAAAGAAACGUAGCCGUUUUGGGGAGGUGGCCAAUGGUAGAAGUUUUGACUGCAUACGUUUUCUGUAGGCCGUUUAAGAUGUUAAGGAAAGUAUUUUUCCUAUGUCCUUUAAAUGUUUGAAACAACAAGGGACAACCCACCUUAACUUAUUUUAAACAAAUUUAGUCAUCAAGAAGUAUGGUAGGCACAUUUCGCAAGCAGGAAAAGGGCUGAACUGGACUUGCAAUUCCGAAGGCCCCUAGUUUGAACCCAACUCUGAUUACUAGCUGAAAUUAACUCAGUAUUCCUGACUUGCCUUUUUUCUUUUUUUCAGGGCUCACGCUGGACACUCCAGGCUGAAGAAAUGAAUGGGGAUCUUGUAAGUUGGCUAUUUAGUUUCGUAUCCCUGCGACUUUUUUUUAACCUCGACAGAAACCAUUUUUUAACAACUCUACUUGAUUGGUACAGCUUUUGAAAUGACCCUCUUUUCUCUCGUGCAGGGUGCAUUUGGUACUUUGAAGCCAGAUCAAGUCCAGGUAUGUUUAACUUCAAUAAACAUUAUGAUAGCUUUUAACAUUAGAGGGCUUUAUGUGAGUUGUAACAUUUAAGUCACCUGGCCACAGAGCAGUGCAUUACAUCUACAGUUGUAAAUUGUACUUGAUUGCAAUAUACCUCAUCAUCGGAAAAAAAUAUAUAUUGCUGUGUUUUGCAUUAUUUUUCAGGCGCUCAAUCCAGUUUUUAUUUUGAUCAUGAUUCCAAUCUUUGAGACACUUAUUUAUCCUACAUUGAAGAAAUGUAAUCUACUUGUAAGGUAAACUAUGGAUGCAUUUUACCUUCCCCCUUACUUUUGAGUCUUUGGACGAAAUCCUUUCAUGUGACCCUUCAAAUGAAAGCUACUGAGCAGUACUUUCCUGUGGUACUGUUUAUUAUGCUGUACACGCCGGUUCUAACUUUUGAGUCUGUGGAUGAAAUCCUAUCGUGUGACCAUUCAAAUGAAAACUUGUGAGCAGUACUUUCCCGUGGUACUUUGUAUUAGUUCUAACUUUUGAGUCUGUGGAUGAAAUCCUUUAGUGUAUCCAUUCAAAUUAAACCUCUUCAGCAGUUCAUUUACACGAAGCUGUCUGUUUUUAGCAUUUUACAAAAAAAUUAAAAUUUUUCUGGCUGUCUUUUUUUUUUUCAGGCCUUUACAGCGUAUGUGUGCAGGGAUGCUGCUGGCAGCAUUCUCAUUUAUGAUGGCAGCCUUUGUUCAAAUAGCAAUUCAAGUAAGUAAUGAAGGGAUUUGAAUUUUCUCUAUUUUGUCUCCUAAGGGGUUAUCUUCUCAUCAGUCAAUAAAUCAAUGUGACUUAUACUGUACUGUUUUUAGCGGAGUUAAUCUCUGAUCUUGUGUUCUUUUACAGAACAGCCGUGUGGCAGUUAACGAGGCACCAAGUUCUUUUGCCAAUCUUCGUAUUAUAAAUGCAGGUGUUUGUCCCAUCAAUGCUUUCGGCCUUGGUCUGAAUGCUGAGAUACCCCCAAUGCAGGUAGGGAUUUUUUGGUGUAUUUGCCACUUUAGAAACUAGUACGAAACUAGGCUUGCACUGACUUCUGGGACUGACUUUUCUGGUAAAAAAAAAGGACAAUGAAGAAUUCCGGGGUCACGGGUGUCUAUAUUUUGACAAUACUCGAAAAAACUUUAAAUCAAAUCGCUUACUAACAGUCGUUCUCGUGCUCGAAUCUAAAGGUCUCUACUGUUUGCUUUAAAGGCUUCGGAGUACUAUCAUGUGCCUAUUACGCUGAGUAACAUAAACGUGAAGACAGUGAACUGCGCGAGUGAACUCACGGACUCAUUCGAUGUCACAUUUAAAGACAAAGGCGCCUCUUCUUUCGUUGUUGGAAUUGAAAAGAAUGCCCUGAUUGGAAAGAAGGUAAGUUAAACUGUAUGAUGCGAGCUUGAUUCGUUGUAUUUGUAUCCUCGGUAGCGAUCUGGAACUAGCUUGAAGUCGAGGCUCAUUCGGGGAAAUGUGUAUUUUAAUCACGUGGUCUUACGUGGGGAAGUAAAAGGUCUAUUGAUAUUUCUGCGUACUUUAAAUUUAUACUCAUGCUGUGGUUAAUUUUUUCUCUUCUUAAUUCUAGUUGGAGGAUAUUGUCGAGCCACUUAAAGGAGGAGAAACGAAAGUUAGGUAAGACAGAAAAUGUCAUUGGAUAAGACGAGAAUUUUGCCUAAGAGUUGAAUUCACCACUUCACCGACUCAAACUCUUCACGCUGCACUUUAGAGCUUGGUGAAAAUAUAUCGAUAACAUUACUUGUACAUUUUCAUCCACGGCUUAUUGACGCGGUAAAAAUUGUUUAGAAAUCACACCGGGCCCGCCACCGACUUAAAUGUACAGGAGCAUUCGUCAGUCUUUGGUUUAGUAUUGAACGCUAAACGAUGAGGAAUAGAACAUUUUACAGUCGUGGACUUAUUUUGAUACAAACCUCCUUUACUUUGUUAUGGAAAUUGUCCUUGAAAAAUACUAGUUAACAUAAAAAUAACUUGAUUUACAUAAUAAAGCAGGAAGGUUUGUAUCAAAACAAGGUCACCAUUAGCCUCACUUCAUCCAUAACUGUAAAAUGGCCCUUUAGUAUGCGAGCUAUAUUUUUUCCGUUCCGUUGAAAGAGGACUUCCUUUCAUUUUUUUUCCAGGUUUUUGUUCACGGGUGGGGAUUUAGCUUCCUCAGUAGAUAUCCGUCUUAACAAAUCGUUAACGUACAAAGGAGUUGGGACCUUCUUAGAUUCUGACUAUAAGAAACUUCAGUCAAAGAGGUAAGCGGAAAAGUAAUUAACUGUACAUGAAAUUUUUUUGGGACCUUUCAUUUUUUAAACGGCUGUUAUUGACCGAUGACGUUUCUCUUCACACGCCAGCUCGCGAGGUCGCGAGGAGACACUCGAGCAACAAAACAAAAGGUUGACGUCACAAAUCAUUUAGCGGGUGAGGUUUGCAGACGUUAUUUUUCGGGUGGAGAGAAGCGACGACAGGAAAUACGUCUGUGUUCGUAGGCUAUACAGAAGCAGGCUUUUUAACAGCUCUUUUGUCAAUGAGAAGUUUAAGCAACCACCACUCGACUCGACUGCGAGUGGCUCGGUUUCUCUCUCGAGGUGCCAGAGCAAGGUCUCAUUUCCUGAACAGCGGCCGAUAAUCGAGCUUUGCGGUAGGUAUUUUAUGUACAGGGACAUAUACUGUACCACAACUUCAACUUUAACACAACUUCUUUUAAACUUUACCUUAGGUACAAUAUAUGUUCCCAUACAUGAAGUACCUUACCACGCCUUCGACGGCGACGGCUAUUAAACCUAGUGAUUUCAAAAGCUGAAACAUCUUUGCACGCGCUAAAGGGCUGAUGGGUUAAAAGCAAUGUCACGUGGUGUCUCAGAGGGCAAACAAGUGAUAAAAUCUGCCGAUACAAGAAAUCGAGGUUGUGUUUGUUUAUCUUAGACAACUCAAAAUGAAGAACGUAUUAUCUUAAGGACUGCACGAUUGAGGUAACAUUACAAACGCGGCGCCGCGGUUUAUAGACAACGUAAACACACGACGACGAAUUUAUUCUUUCAGGACCUUUCAAAGCUUGGAUGUGUUCCUCGAAAAUUGAACUUCAUGAAAAUUGACCGGGACUAGCCUCCUCCGUCGGCAUCAAUAGCUGUUGCAAAAGGGGUUGCCUGAUGACGAGCCGAGAACGGAACCUUAAUGAUAAAUGCCGAGAAUUCAAGACUCGGUUAGCUUCUCUCCCUCCGAAAAAUAGCUAUCGGUUAACCUUUCGCGGUAUUCGUUGUUGGUGAAUUGACCGUUCUGUACCCCUUCUCAUUUCUAUGUUGGAUCGGAAAAGUGCUCAAAGUUUUCAAAAAUAUCCGAACCAAACAAUAAUCUUUUUCCUUGUUAGGUAUUCAUUAAAGGUCAUGGAAGCGGGAACAGAUAAAGCACUUUUGGAUCAGAAAAUGUACUUUGCCAAUGGCGGUGUCUACUCUGUUGUGAUUCAACCAAAUCCUAGCAAAAAGGACAAGGUUAGAAUUUAGUUUUCUCGUUUGCGUAAAUUCCUGAUCAAUCAGUUCCAUCAUUGUCACAAUGUUGGCCUAGUAUUCUCACAACAUUUGUGGCUUUGCCCGGUUAUCACACUGACGACUGCAUAUGCAGUUCUAAAACGGACUUGACCAAUAGCAGAGCGGCAAAUUAAUCACCGGAAAUCGCGCUCAGUUCUUUCCGCGCGCUUCCGCUUUUUCAUUUUACGUUGCGUUGUUUUUGCUAUGCGUUUGCAUUUUAUUGCCUGUUUUGAUGGUCAGAAGUAAGUUGUUAUCGGUUCAAUAAGAUGAAUAUACUUACAAGGUGGCUUGAAAACUAUUUUUUAGCUCAUCGCUAUCAAGUUCGCGGAUGUGCAUCCCAUGUCAAUCUCCAUGUUAUGGCAGAUUCCUCAAUAUCUCACCAUAACUACCGGAGAAGUGCUGUUUUCUAUAACAGGACUGGAAUUCGCCUAUUCUCAGGUAAGCUAUCACUUUCACCCCUUCAACCGAGAGUGGUCUCACUGUACUAAAAUAAUUGCGUGAAUGUACGCGCCUUCUUAUCGAUCAAGAAAAAAUGGCCGAUUUAGCGUGUAAAAUAAGCCUUAUACAUCGCUCAUUUGCCAUGCUCUGUUAAUUUUCUCCCAGGCUCCCGUUAGCAUGAAGUCGUGCAUCAUGGCUGGCUGGUUGCUGACUGUCUCCGUUGGAAACGCUAUUGUUGUUAUAUUUGCUGAAGCACGUCUGACAGACAACAUGGUAGGUUUAAGUUGACACUUGCUUCGGUCUCGUUCCCAGACCUUUUUCCUGGGAAUGCGGGUGAUGCUAGGUUUGUUUUUAAAACAGUUGAGGCUGUGUCCGCACGAAUUAAAGUUUUUCACUAAUGCGUUAGCGGUUUAAAACGAUACUCAAGGCGCGCCGUUUACACGGGCGAAAAAAAAUGGAAUGCUCGGAUAAAAAGGAGGUCGGCUACGAUAACAUUGAUGUGCAAUUUUCUCCGCACCUUUCCAAAAGAGUCCAUGCAUAAGCGCCUUUGGUCCUCUUUUGGAAUGAAAUGGAUAAAAAUCGUUUCUGUACCCACAUUUUCGUUUCCUUUUCAAGGUCUAAUGCCCCCAAUCUUUUUUGCAAUAGAACUUGGGGGUUUUAUCAAUACUGGUCAUGAAAAAAGACGCGUAAACAGUCUUUAACCCAAUUGCCCGGUGCUCUUCAAUAUCAUGCCUUUUUCUUUCGGCUGCGUUAAAAAACUUGUACGUGUAAACUAUCAUGUUUUGUCAGAACCUAUACUAAUUUCUACCCUAGCCGAUCCGUGUCUUUUGACAAGUGAAAAGGCCUUCAGCAAUUUAAAUCAUUCAUGUUAACUGGAGAGGAAGCGUAACCCCUUGGACCACAGGCUUCCUGUAGGCGUCUUCGUCUCUAAGAGCCCUACCCCCCUUUUUGCUUAUUCCUUCUUCCACCCUUCUACUGUACGUAAGGUAAAGUUAUAUGCAGUGAAACUGUUGGCAAAACUUUUCCUGAUUGCUUUUCCCCUUUUUUUAGGCAAACGAGUUUUUCUUCUUCGCCGGACUGUUGGCGUUGGUCAUGCUCGUGUUCAUGUUAAUGUCUUACUUUUACAAGUAUGUCUACUAUUCUGCUAAUGGCGUUGUAAGUGAAGACGUCCCGCUUCAAGAAGCACAGGAUGAGACUGAGGAAAAAAAACAAACAGAUAAAAAUUAAUAGUCUUUAAUUUUUUUUAUUACUGUGAGUAAGAUAUAGAUGCGUUUUCUAUUAGCCUCUUGUCAGGUAGGGUUGUGUUAAUGUCGAACUGCAUUCUGGGACAGUCCCAUAGAGCUAUUCGACUCCCACCGACUUAGUCUCGCACGUGACCUCAAAAGGACCAAUAAAACUAUUUCAUUAUUUGCUAUUCGAGAGACUAAACCGGCAACAGUUUUACUUUCUUCCGAAAGUAGACAACGUUUCAAUGACAAAACAUUAUAUUUUUUGUACUCUUUCAAAUUGGAAGCUAAUUAAAAAGAGGUCUACAGAAGUCGUUUGUCAAAUGAAAAUGGUAAAUGAAAGCACCACGCAGAGGUUUCAAAACCCCGUUCGAAGUUAUUCAUGUUUAUAAAUUGUUUUUAUUUCUGUUUUCCUCUACGAAGCGAGACCAAUGGGACGCAUCUAAGAUGAGUAAAAGGCACGAAAAUGAACGGAGCUGUUCGUGGUUCAUUGUUCUGCCACUUUUCUCGUUUUAGUCACGAUUUUAGACUUCCUGUUUGCUCGUUUAUGGGUAUAUUCAUUAUUCAUUGCCGUACUCGUCGGUGCCAUCUCGCGUUGACAGGAGACAAUAAUUUUAACUAGGUGACAAGAAUGGCAGAUUUAAAUUUCUAAGUAAAGUAGACUUAAUAUGUAUUAAUAUAACUUACGCUUUCU